UAGCAAACUUGCACGUUUAGUACGUUGCGGUUCGUUUGCCUUGUCAGUUCGUUGAAAUCUUUGUGGUAGUGAUAAAAAUUGUAGCUACAUUAAUUUUGUACGCGAUGACCAAACGUCAUUUCAUAUAACCAUACGACAGGAAGGCUUUGCAUACAAGGCAAAUCUUUGUGGUAUUUUGAAGAAAACAUUUAUAUUAUUUUUAAAGCGUUUACAUGAUAUGAGAGCAGUUAGUUAAUAUGUGGUGCUUAACAAGUUUAUAAAAAUUAUUUGCAGAUUAAAGAAAAAACUUGGAAAAUUAAUUUGUGUGUGUGUGAUACUGAAUCGAGAAGAAAAAUACGGUGGCGAUGUCCGAAACGGGGUCGCCGGGCAAAACGCAGAAGGGUGGACAGCAGCAGCGUCGUCAACUGCGCGAACGCAAGCAGCGUAAACUCUAUCUCGAAGAGUGGGCACUCGGAGAUGAUGAUUUAGAGGGGAUACGAGGAUUUAGCGUCUCCGAAAAACUCGAAUCAUCCAAGUUUGCACAAACUGGUAUGGUGCGUGAAAUGCGUGGCAGUGAUUUGAAUGUGGGUUUCCUUCAACAAUAUGGCUUUAAUAUUCCAUUACUGUUUCGAGAAAAGGCCGGGUUAGGGUUACGUAUGCCCGAUCCCAAUGAAUUCACCAUAAAUGAUGUACGUUUAUGCGUUGGCUCACGUCGAAUUCUGGACGUAAUGGACGUAAAUACACAAAAAAAUUUACAAAUGACCGUGAAAGAGUGGCAACAGUAUUAUGAUAAUCCACAGAAAGAUCGACUUCUUAACGUAAUCUCACUGGAAUUUUCCCAUACACGCUUAGAUGGUUAUGUACAAUGUCCAGAAAUUGUUCGGCAAAUUGAUUGGGUGGAUGUCGUAUGGCCGAAACGUUUGAAAGAUGCGCAAAAGGAAGGCACAAACGUGCUGGGAGAAAUGAUGUAUCCAAAAGUGCAAAAGUACUGUCUCAUGUCCGUAAAAAAUUGCUACACUGAUUUUCAUAUUGACUUUGGUGGUACUUCGGUUUGGUAUCACAUUUUAAAGGGUAGCAAGGUGUUUUGGUUGAUACCGCCAACUGAAAAAAAUCUGCAGUUAUAUGAGAAAUGGGUAUUAUCCGGUAAACAGGCUGACAUCUUCUUUGGCGAUACAGUCGAAAAGUGUGCUCGCGUAUAUCUAACAGCUGGCAACACUUUCUUUAUUCCAACAGGUUGGAUACAUGCUGUAUAUACACCCACCGACACAUUGGUGUUUGGUGGAAACUUUUUGCAUUCCUUUGGCAUUGUUAAACAACUUAAAACGGCGCAGGUCGAAGAUGCCACAAAAGUUCCACAAAAAUUCCGGUACCCAUUCUUUACCGAAAUGUUAUGGUACGUACUAGCCCGGUAUGUGUACACAUUAUUGGGCCACUCUCAUUUGGAAGGUGAACCUUCGGUGAGUGAAGAGGAAAUAGCCAAACGUAAUCAUGUACAUCUCACACAUUAUGAACUAUUCGGAUUGAAAGAGAUCGUUAUGUAUUUAUAUGAUCUGCCACCACAAAAGAAGAAUGUACCAGAACUUGUACGAGAUCCAGUAGCACUGAUAAAAGAUGUUCGCACUUUAGUGGAACGACAUUGUAAAGACAGACCAGAAUUAGCUAUAACGGGUGAGUCUGUAUUGAAACCACCCAGCCAGAUGCAUCCUACGUACAAGGUGUAUGACCGUGUGAGUGUAAAGCAGGAAAUCAAAGCAGAAAUCGCACGAAAAAACGCAGAAAUUAUACGCGAACAACAGCAGUUGGAUGCAGCGAAUGCGGCAAAUGCAAAUACGAAUACAACUGAGAUUGCAUCAUUUAACAAUGUUGUCCUGAAGAGUGAGUUGAGUUCGAAAGCGAAUUUGAGUUGUAUUGUAAAGGAAACAGACAAUGACAGUAUCAUUGUGAAAGAAUGUAAAAAGGAAACCAUAGAAAAUGGAACACCAUCCCAGCCUGCCACGUUUGUGUCACCAACGGAUAGUCUCAAAUAUCGUCCGCCGAAAAAGAUGCAUCUCGCUAAUGCUGUGGCCGCUGCAGCACAUCAAGCCACCAAUACCGUUAGUGUCAUUGCCUCGUGCUCCAGCUAUAAUUCAUCUCCAACAGCUACAUCAACAAAUUCAGCAGGAGCAGCAACCCCUAUGCCCAAUCAAACACCAUUUCACACUCAUACACAAACCUAUUCGCAUAACAUCAAUGCCACUAAUACUGCUGAGAAUGCUUGUCUCUCGCCAAGUGAAUCAAAGUUGACACCAAACGUCACGGGCACGGGUCAGCCACGUCGUCGACGAACGCGUUGUAAGGUAUGCGCAGCGUGUCAGAGAUCCGAUUGUGGCGAAUGCAGUUUCUGUUUGGAUAUGGUAAAAUUUGGUGGUCCCGGUCGUGCUAAGCAAACUUGCAUGAUGCGUCAGUGUCUCUCACCUAUGCUGCCCGUUACAGCCCAGUGUUUUGUCUGUCAUUUGGAUGGCUGGCGUCAAGUCCCCGUAUCGCCCCAAACUAAGCAAUUAGCAUCACUGGAUGGACCAUCGUCGUUAAUGGAGUGUUCGGUGUGCUAUGAGAUUGCGCAUCCUGAUUGUGCACGCUCGCUAUUGGAUGGCACUGAAGAUGCUCAUGAUGCUAAGGGAAUAGUAAAUGAGGAUUUACCAAACAGUUGGGAAUGUCCUAGCUGUUGCCGAUCUGGAAAAAAUAAUGACUACAAGCCUCGUCACUUCAGAGCACGCCAGAAGUCUUCGGAAGUGAGACGAACGUCGGUAGGUGGCACAAAUAUCGCUACAGCCGGACACGAUCACGACAGCAAUCAGUUGCCACCGCCUAUUGGUCAAUAUAAUGAUUUUGUUUUCACAUCGGAAUCAGAAAUAGAGGCAUGUUCUGCUAAUACUGUUCACUGGAAGCAUGUGGCUAAACGGCAUCAUCACAACAUCGAGGUGAAGACUGAACGAAGCUAUGAUACCUCUUCGCCGGGUAUUUCGCCCAAUACCACAGGUGAUCGCAUCAAGCGUCGUAAAAGCGAUGAUGGUUUAAGCUUGUGCAGUAGUAUGCAGGACAGUAUUGAGGCAGGUGCCUCUAUGGAUUGCCAUGUUGGUAUUGGAAAUGGCGGUAUAGUCGGAAACAAUGGCACACAAAUGCCGCGCAAAAAGAAUUCUAUUCGUUCUCAAUUGGCACAGCAAAUGCUCAAUUCGUCAACACGAGUUCUUAAGAAACCACAUUAUGUGGUGCGGCCAGCUGGACAUUUGUCAUCCGGAGGCAGCGGUCUUGGUGGCAAUCACUUUAGCGCGGCAAAUUUAGCGCUCGAUCCGACUUUGUUAAAAAUUAUCUUCCGAUAUUUACCCCAUGAAACACUAGUCACUUGCUCGUCGGUCUGUAAAGUAUGGUCGAAUGUAUCUGUGGAUCCAGAUCUAUGGAAAACAAUGAACUGUGCCGAACAUAAAUUGUCUGCUGCAUUACUAACAGCAAUUGUUCGUCGUCAGCCAGAGCAUCUAAUUCUUGAUUGGACGCAAAUUGCCAAGCGACAGCUAGCGUGGGUGAUUGCACGUCUACCUGCUCUGAAACAUCUAUCGCUACAAAAUUGUCCUAUUCAGGCAGUGCCCGCCCUGCACACAUGCCUCUGUCCGCCAUUACAAAUUUUGGAUCUGAGCUUUGUGCGUGGCCUUAACGAUGCCGCUAUACGUGAUAUACUAUCCCCGCCCAAGGAUUCGCGACCUGGUUUAGCAGAUUCGAAAACGCGUUUACGUGAUCUCAAAACACUCAAGCUGGCCGGAACAGACAUAACAGACGUGGCGUUGAGGUACAUAACACAAGCACUGCCGAAUCUUGUGCAUCUAGAUCUAUCAUCAUGCCAGCGUAUUACUGAUGCUGGUGUGGCACAAAUCGGCACUUCACCAAAUGCCAUAGUGAAAUUGGUGGAAUUAAAUUUAAGCGCCUGUCGUUUGGUGUCCGAAUUUUCUUUGGAACACUUAGCCAAAUGUGAGCAAUUAAUUUGGUUGGACUUGCGGCACGUACCGCUGGUGCCGACACAAGCGGUGAUUAAAUUCGCAGCGGAAUCCAAACAUGAUCUCUGUGUGAAGGACAUAAAGUUGGUGGAAAAGCGGCGACUGCAGAAGGCGUCUCACCUGACGUCAUCUUCGAAUUUGGGAGGUAUGGGAUCAGUAAGCAGCUGGAAUGACUAAUCAGAUUGGGAAAGUAUAGAAGUAAAAUAAUUAAUUUUAUAGCUAUGAGCGUGAUUAGACUUUGAUAAGUUAAACUGAAUGUAUAAAAAAUAUAUAUGUGUAAUUGCAAUGCUGUAAGAGAGUAUGUAUAUAUGUACGUAAGCAGCCAAACUGCAAAGCAUUUAAUUGAUGAGCUGUUAAGUUCUAUAUGAGUGAGAAAGUUGAGCAAAAUUAAAAAAUAAACGCCCAUAUCAGGAGUAACAAUUUUCGUUAGAUGUCAAAAAAUUAAAAUACUAAAAAGUUAGGAGCGUCCUUCUUUCGUUUCCAAACUUUUGGUCAAUUACACAUGAAAUACUAGACUUUUUAACCCUUUUUAAAUGAAAUGAUUUUUUUUUUAUUUAUUUCAAUUUUGCGAUAUCUCGUCAUUGAAUUAAAUGAAAAUUAUUUCAUCACCACCUUCGAGCACAAUCGAAGAACGAAUGAGACUUAUAAUAUGGGUCGAAUUAGAAUCAAUAAGCUCCUAAGAAGGAAAAAAAAUUAUUAAAACAGUGAAAAUUAUACUUUCGAAUAUUCGAACAAUAAUAUUCGAAAUGUUGUGAUCUGAUUUCUUCAGAUAAAUUUAGUCUCGAAAAAAUGUAAUAUGAGUUCUGCUAGUUGAUCAGAUGGGCAGUAACCAUCCUUUUAGAGGACUGUAGAAAAAUUUUAUUGGUAUCUUUAUCGUUUGACGGCUUAAAGUAUGUAUAAUUUCAUAGUUGUUGAAAUACAAAAAAAUCUUGAACGCAAUUAAUAAAUUAAAAAUUGAGAAAAUACUUAAAAACUGAAAAAAUAAACUGUAUAAAUGAACAGAUUCAAAUUUAACCGCCAAAAUAAACAGCUUUUACACAUCUUGCUGGCUAGUUUUUACUGAGAUUUCUCAAUGAACAUAAAUAUUAUCAUUCUACCUUAAGGUAACAAUUUAUACAUAUAAUAUUUAUUAAAAUGCAAUAACAAUGUUGAAACAGAUUAAUUAGUGAAUAAAAAUCACAAAGACCAACUCGAUUUAGGUCGAAAUUAAGUAAUUAACAUUAUAAUGUCUCUUUCAAUUUAUUAUUGAUUUUUUUUCAAUGGGCUAUUUAUAUCUCAAAAGCCGUAGUUAUGUAUGUAUGUAUGAAUUUCAACUUUAAUAAAUACGUUCAUGAUUACAGAACAAAUCUAAAAGUAUUUGUAGGGAAUUGUGAAAAUCAGACAAUGAAGCAUAAUUUCAAAAUCAUUAUUAUUAGUGAAAUGAUGGAUAAAAUCUGUAAUAAAAUUUAUUUUGCAUAAAACUAAAAAAAAAUGUAAAGUCUUUGAAACCAGGAACGAGCUGGCAGUAUUAACUUAAUAUUUAAUACCGACUUGAGGAUUUUAUAAUUAAUUACACUACAAAGGGAAUGAAAUACAAACAUAUGUGCAUGUGUAUUAAAUUCAUCGAAUCUGUCCCUUCUUUAAAAUUCGAGGUAUUGCAUUCAAAAGCUUUGAAAGAUAACAAUUAACAAUUGUAUAUAUAUUUUAUAUAGCAACAAAUUGUUUAGAAUUAAAGCAAUAUGAUUAUUAUCUAUUCCAAUUACCAUUUAAUUUUUACUAUCAAUCAUAAAAUAUUUAAGAGUUUUUAUUUCUUAUAUACUAUAUUUAUCAAUCUACAAUUUUACACUGCUUCCGAACGGCAGAUAGAUUUUCAUAAGAAGCUUUUAAUGGAUGCCGAUAGUCGACCGCUUUAAAAAGAGUUUUACAUUCUGAUCUGACAAGGAUUCAAGUCUUCGUCUCUCCGACUGGUAACAGACGAUAAUCAAUGACAUUUUUAGAAUCUUAUUUAGAAUUCAAAUUUGUUAAGUUCAAUAUUGCACAUGGUAUCUGUUCUCUUCGUAAUAAAAAAAGUUAUCAAAUGUCAGCAGUAAAUUUUUAAGAUAUCAAGUCUUAAAUAGUGAAAAUGAACGGGCAACAUAUACUGGGCAUCUCGUAGACACUAAUAUAUAUAUAUAACCAUUACAAAAACUGUUGACCCAGCUUCUCGGACUUCCGGUGUACUUGACGACUUCUUUUACUAAAGUAUUGCAGCUGAUAAUAUUAUUUCUAUUAGUGAGUUUGGUCAAUCAAAUACUAAAUGAAAUGUUUCCCAUAACAUAUGAGUGUUAAAAAAAAUUUGAAAAUGCAAAAU